AUGGCCGACUCUGACACCAACUCCGAGGUCCAGCGUGAACGCAAGCGCGACAUUGCUGCUCGUCUACUCAAGACCGGCAUCGCCGAGGGAACCGACAAGCUCAAGGAGGGCGAGCUCCUUGUCAAGCACUCGCUCCUUGGUGUCGGCCAGACUCCCAACGUCGUCCCCGUCUUUCCUCCUGCCACCAAUGCCAACCCCCGCGAGAUCCACGUCGGCUGGCACCCCGUCGGCGGCGCCGUCGGCAAGUGGUUUGCCGACGACACGCGUAUCGGCAAGCUCAUUACGAACAAGAUUAACAAGUACCCCGACCCGACGCAGCACUGGGCUGUGCUGGUUGGCGAGUAUGCGCACCAGCUGUGGAUGGACGAGAACUUUGACGUCAUCUACACCAACGCAAAAAUCGUGAGGGAGGAGUGGACGACCUUCCAUGUCGGCCACACGCGCUUCAACGACGACGCCGUCCGUCGAACUGGCGAAAUGGUCAUCUCGCACGUGCGCGAAAAGCAGGCUGCGUACAACCUUAUCACCAACAACUGCCAGACAUACGCCCUCCUCCUUCUGGACGCUAUCAAGGCGGACGGCGUGUCCAAGUUCCCCACCACCCUCAACGUUUACAAGGCCCUCACGGGUCCCGGCAAGGUCAUGGACCUGUUCAAGCCCGAGUCGGAGGGUGGCGCCGAGCCCGACCCCGAGGCGCCCGAGGCCGUCUCGGUCGCGGCGGCGCUGAUGGACCAGCACACCACGCAGCUGGACACGCACGAGUCUGGCCAACACCACCACGGCAUUAGCCACAGCCCGCACUGCGGGCACUGUACUGGCGACCUCGCGUCGGACGGACUCGGCGCCGAGAAGCGGGCGGGCAACGCAUCCGAGGCUGCUGAGGCCCUCGUUGCCGACGGUCCCGACCAGGACGGCGAGGCCGACAAGGAGGUCAAGAAGAAGGGCCUGCUUGCACGCCUGCUGCGCAAAUAG